AUGCAUGUCGGAAAGGGGAAUAACCUUAUCAAAAGGGAGGAAGAGGUUGCGACAAGGAGAAAGCUAAGUGUUGACGCUGCUCAUACACCAGGAGCAAGCAAUCCAGAAAGGGAGAUAACCUUAUCAAAAGGGAGGAAGAAAAGGAUGGCAAAGAUGCAUAUGAGAAACGCUGAACAUGCCGAGCCUUUAUCUGUUAACAGUGCCGUGCAGUGCCGUCUCCUCUGCGGCUCCGAUGCCGACACUUCGUCCCCCGCGACUAACAGACUCCGAGGCGCCACUUUUCAUUGUUCCGACAGAGAGAAGCCGCUCCGUUUGGUACAUUCACGAGAACCCGGUGCUGGAUAUGAUUUCCGACGGACGGAGGAGGAUCAACAUCACCACCAUUCAUCUGACAUCAGUACAAUUGAAUACGUGCGCGCGUUCCUGAUCAACGGAGGCGGAUAA